UAUGGCUAAUCGUUCACUAAUUAACGGGAUUCUUGCACAGUUCGAAAAUGAAUUUAAACAACUAUUUGAACAUGACGGGGAGAAUCUUCAGAUAUUUUUGAAAUAUCUUCAAAGUUAUGGACAAAUUGAUCAAUGCUCUCGAGAAAGCAUAGACGAUGAAAUAUUGAAAGCAGAUGAAUUUGAAAAGAUUUCUUCUGAAGUCUUCCAUAACUAUUUUAAAACUGCUAAAACUCAUGUAAUAACGGAUAUUCUGAACAAAAUGUCGGAAAAAUUUCAAAAUUUAUCACAAGAUAUUAGAACAGAUUGGAAUAAAUUUAUAAACAAUUCUAAACAAUUACAUCUUUCUGAAACGCAUGAUAAAAUUCCAGAAUUUCAAAUAUUAAUGGAUCAAUCCUAUAACAGUGACUUGGAAAACGAAACUAAAACAAUACUUUUAAAAGUUUUACAAGAAGAACAUAAUAAAUUAGUUAUAGAUGAUAAAAAUAAUAAAGGAACUAUUUAUAGUAAUUGGUUAAUUUAUCUCUAUGCUUCAAAAAAACUUGUACUAAAAGAAGAUUUGUUAAUAUUGAGAUUAUCUGGAGACAAAGUUGAUUUUGAUAUUUCUCUUGAAGAGAAUCUCUUUAAGCAAAAUUUUCCCGAUACCUUUCAGACACCACUAACGUUGAAUGCUUUCUUGUACUAUAUGGAUAAACAGAAUAACUCUACAAUGCCAUUAAAAGUUUUAAUAUUCGUUGAUGAAACUGAAGAAUUGUUGAAUGUAAAAGAUUCUGAUAUCUUUCGAAAAGUAAUAAUAGAAGAUAAUUACCAUUUUCCUUUUGUUAUCUGGAUAAAAUGCAGUUUUUUAGCUCAAGAGUACGAACUAGUUGAUUUUCAACUAAAAAAAAAGCCUAAAACUGUACAAAGACAAUGUAAGGACGUCACUCCUUCUGAUUUAACUGAUCUGGAAAAAAAUACAAGCAAAUUUGUAGGCAGUGCUUUAAAAGGUACUAGUUUAGUUAUUAAUCCAUCGAAUGAAACAGAUAUAAAACAUAUUUUUCAAUGUAUUGUGGACAACCGCUACAGUUCUAUUACUGAAUUCUCUCUUUCGAAGUAUAAUUUAACUAAUGAACAUAUUGCAGAUGCAUUUGGUGCGGCUAUUUCUAAACUGGUUAACCUAGAAAUACUCUUUAUAAAUAAUAAUAACAUUGAGACUGAGGUUGCAACAUCUUUGUUUACAAACAUUGCUCAAAAUUGUUCAAAGAUAAAGAAACUAUACUUUGCGAAUAUUAACUUGGAUAAAAAGAAUACAUAUAUUGCAGGCAAAGCUAUUGGUAAACAAAGAGAAUUACAAAUGCUCUCCUUCAGUUACAAUAAAAUUGGUUCUAUUGGCGCUCGACCUAUUCUUCAAAAUAUUGCAGACAAUUGUUGGAAGUUGACUGUUCUUAUUAUUCAAAACACAGCUAUUGGAAAGGAUAUUGGAAAUAUCUUGGGAAAGGCUGUAGGUAAACAAGUUAAUUUGGAAGAGUUUAAUAUGAAUAGUAACAAGAUUGGAAGCAAACCUGCAAAAACAGUAUUUCAAAACAUUGAGAGACACUGUCACAAAAUCUCGAAAUUGUAUGUAGCCAAUAUAGGAAUGGAUAAUGAAAUUGGUGAUAGUUUUGGUAAUGCCGUUGGAAAGUUGAAAAAUUUAAAGGUUUUAUCUUGUAGUUACAACAGCAUAGGAGCUUCGGUUGCAAAGACCCUAUUCCAAAACAUUGUGGAUAAUAAUAUUAGUCAAAUUGAAGAAUUAUACUUACCAGAUAGUUGUUGCACAAACGAAGUAAAAGAUCUCUUAAGCAAAACAAAAGAUAUUCAAAAACAAUUAAAGAUUUUAACGAUCAGACGUGAAGAUAAUGAAAGAAGUAUUGAUAUAGCCGAUUCUAUUAUAUCUAAAGAGGCUAAAAAGAGACGCUUUUCCUUUUCUAAAAUGGGUGACGCUCUAAAAGUAAACCUUUACAACAUGGUUUUUGAUAUUGCUUGCUCCAUCUUCCGGGAAAGCAUUUACCACAUUAUAUACAGUAUAAUAGUAUAA